UUUUUUUUGUCCCAAGGAAAGAUAGAAUGGAACUAAAAAAGAUAAUGCCCCAUCCCUCCAAACUAAGAUAGAGUGGAUUCCCCGCCACAACCUUAAUUCUCCAAAUCUCUUCAUCAUCUUCAAACUUGAACAAAUUUUUGAAUACCCAGAAAAAAAUUAGGAUUACCCAUUUCAAUUUUUGAAACAAUAAUUCAGAAAGAUUUAAAAUUGUUGUUCUUCAAUGGAGAGCUUAAUCAUCCCCUGCAAAUCCACCCCUCCUACUAUACCAAUCUUCUCUGAUAUUUCUCACAAUCCCAUUAAAUCAACUCUUUCUCUUUCUAAAACCCAUCAACCAUUUCCCUCAAAAAUCCCAGAUUUUGCUCAUUUGAAUCAUCUUCUCAAGAUUGGUCAUUUUAAGGAAGCUAUAAUUGUCCUGGAUUCUAUUUCAGAAAAUGGGUUUAGGCUUAAUUCUAAUGCAUUUUUACAGCUGUUAGAUUGUUGUAUUGAACUUAAUUCAGCUGAAUUAGGGCGUGAAUUGCAUUCUAGGGUACACUUAGUUCAGGAUGUUUGCCCCUUUGUUGAGACUAAAUUGGUUAGUAUGUAUGCUAAAUGUGGGUGUUUGAAUGAUGCUCGUAAGGUGUUUGAUGAAAUGUCUGAGAGAAACUUGUUUAGUUGGUCAGCUAUGAUUGGGGCUUACUCUAGGGAGCAAAGAUGGAGUGAGGUGGUUGGGUUGUUUGGUUUGAUGAUGAAAGAGGGUAUUUUGCCUGAUGGGUUUUUGUUUCCUAAGAUUUUACAAGCUUGUGGGAAAUGUGAGGAUUUUGAGACUGGAAGAUUGAUACAUUCGUUGGUGAUUCGAAGUGGGAUGAGUUCGUGUAAGCGGGUUAUUAAUGCAUUGUUGGCUGUGUAUGUAAAGUGUAGAAAAAUGAGUUUGGCUAGGAGGUUUUUUGAGGAAAUGGAUGAGAGGGAUAUUGUUAGUUGGAACUCAAUGAUAUCCGGAUAUUGUCGUACAGGGGAGAAUGUUGAGGCGCAUAGGUUACUGAAUAUGAUGUUUGAAGAGGGGAUUGAACCUAGCAUGAUAACGUGGAACAUAUUAGUUACUGGUUACAAUCAAUCAGGUAAUUGUGAUGCUGCAUUGGAACUCAUCAACAAGAUGAGAGGUUUCGGAAUGAUCCCUGAUGUUUUUACCUGGACCUCAAUGAUCUCAGGCCUUGCACAGAACAAUAGGGUAGUUGAAGCAUUAGAACUUUUCAGGGAGAUGCUUUUGGUUGAUGUUCAUCCAAAUGAGGUUACCAUAGCUAGUGCAGUCUCUGCCUGUGCAUCUGUGGAAUUUCUUGAGAAGGGGAAAGAGCUUCAUUCAGUUGCUGCUAAAAUGGGUUUUUGUAGCAAUGUUUUAGUUGGGAAUUCACUUAUAGACAUGUAUUCAAAAUGUGGAGAAUUUGAAGCAGCACGCAAGGUCUUUGAUUUGAUGUCUGAAAAAGAUGUUUAUACAUGGAAUUCAAUGAUAGGAGGCUAUUGCCAAGGUGGUUAUUGUGGCAAAGCCCAUGAGCUGCUUAUGAGGAUGCAGGAAUCAGAUACAUCACCCAACGUUGUGACUUGGAACAUCAUAAUCUCAGGUUACAUCCAAAAUGGAGAUGAAGACCAAGCCAUGGAGAUCUUUCAGAUGAUGGGGAAAGAAGGAAUAGUAAAGCCUAAUACAUCAUCAUGGAACUCUCUUAUUUCUGGUUAUCUGCAUAUGGGACGCAAGGAUGAGGCACUGAUGAUCUUCCGACAAAUGCAAUGUUUUGGUUAUCGACCCAAUCCAGUUACAAUUUUGUCAAUUUUACCUGCUUGUGGUAAUCUAAUAGCAGCAAACAAAGUGAAAGAAAUCCAUGCUUGUGUGCUGCGCGGAAAUUUAGAUUCCCAUAUUGCUAUUUCAAAUUCAUUUAUAGACGUUUAUGGCAAGUCAGGCAACCUUGCUUACUCGAGCUCUGUAUUUAACUGUAUGUCGUCAAAGGAUAUCAUCACUUGGAACUCAUUUAUCGCUGGUUAUGUUUUACAUGGCCGUUCAAAUGAUGCACUUGAAGCCUUUGAUAUGAUGACAAGGGAAGGAUAUAAGCCUAAUAGAGGUACUUUUAUAAGUCUUAUACUUGCAUGCAGACGUGUAAAAUUGGUUGAGAAAGGGAAGCAAGUUUUCAGGAGCAUGACCAAAGAUUACCAAAUUGUGCCUGGUUCUGAACAUUAUGCAGCAAUGGUAGAUUUAUUUGGCAGUUCAGGUAGGCUUAGAGAGGCAAUUGAAUUCAUUAACUGCAUGGAGACGGAACCUGAUUCAGCUGUAUGGGAUGCAUUGCUGACAGCAAGUCGAUCCUGUGGUAACAUUGCUUUGAUAAUCCAUGCAGGUGAACAUUUGCUUAAAUUGAACCCUGGAAAUGGUGUAAUCCACCAUUUGCUUUCACAGGCAUAUAUGGCAUCUGAAAGAUCUGUCAACACUCUAGAACACAGGGCACUUGGAAAUUUGGAUUUGAAAAAACCUUGUGGGUGCAGCUUGCUUGAAUGGAAAAAUCAGGUGUAUCAGUUUGUUAGUGGUGACCGUUGUACUUCAGGUUUGAGCGCUAUUUCUUCUUGGCUAAAGAGUAUUGAAGAGGAUAUUAAAUUACCUGACUCUGAAAGUAUGCACUAUGUACAUGAAGAAGAUUUUGAAGAAGUUAGUGGGUUACACAGUGAAAAGCUUGCCCUUGGUUUUGCUCUUCUCAACACAGAAUUUAAAGUAAAAUGCAUAAGGAUUGUGAAGAACUACCGAAUUUGUGAAGACUGCCAUUGUACAGCUAAAUAUAUUUCUUCAGCAUAUGGUUGUGAAAUAUUAUUAAAUGAUACAAAGUGUUUGCAUCAUUUCAAAAAAGGGCGAUGUUCCUGUGGGGAUUAUUGGUAGUGUAGAUAACAAUGACUGGCAACCAAUUGUAUUCACUGACAAUCUGUAAAUAUGUAGUGAACCAGAUGUCUUUUGGCUGGACAGGAAUCUUAACAAUGUGUAGUUUCUGAAGAUAAGACAUUUUUUUGCAUCAUAUGGCACUUACAUAUAAAUGAUGAAAUGAUCCACAUUAUUAGUU